AGAACAGAGCUCCCCACAUUUCUGCAGGAAUGGCCCUGGUCCUUCCUUCUCAUCCACAAGUCUCGGUGUCGCUGCUUCUGCUGCUGUCUGUGCUCAGCUUGGCUGCAGGUGGGAAGCUGCUGGUAGUGCCAGUAGGUGGGAGCCAUUGGCUCAGCAUGCAGGAAGUGUUAGAUGGACUUAGGCAGAAAGGACAUGAAAUAGUCAUUGUUUCACCUGAAUUCAAUUUAUUUGUAAAGCCAUCAAACAAUUUUACAAUGAAGCUGUACCAAGUCCCCGUAACAGAGGAAGAAAUAAACGGAGAUUUCCAGGCAUUUUUAAAGGAGGCAUUUGAAGAAGGAUCAUUUGUGGAACGUUUUCUUAGAGUACGAGAAAGAGUGAAAAAACUCUAUGAGUUGGGCUUCAUAGCCUGUGAACAGUUACUGAAGAACAAAGAGCUUAUAAGAUAUCUCGAGGAGAGUAACUUUGAUGCUCUCUUCACUGACCCUGUAUUGCCCUGCGGGGCUAUAGUGGCUGAACAUCUUUCCAUCCCUUCUGUGUAUUUACUGAGGGGAAUACCAUGUGGAUUACAUCUUGAGGCCACUCAGUGUCCCAGUCCCCCUUCUUAUAUUCCCAGGCUAUUUACAGACCAUACCGAUCACAUGAACUUCCUCCAGCGUGUGAAGAAUGUCAUCUUUGAUACCUCAAAUCUUUUUCUCUGUGACUUUCUUUUUAAACCAUAUGAAAAACUGGCUUCUGAGUUCCUUCAGCGAGAUGUGACCGUGCUAGAUCUCUUACGCAAGGCUUCCAUAUGGCUUCUGAGGUAUGACUUUGUGUUAGAUUAUCCAGGACCACUGAUGCCCAACAUAAUUGUGGUUGGAGGAGUAAACUGUGCUCACAAGCAGCUACCUCAGAAAGCUCCAUCUUUACAUUUACAAAGUAUGCUGAAUUGAGAGGCAAUAAGUGGCUUCUGACUUGUUUUCUUUUCCUGUACAAGAAGGCAUUCUCCCACUUGGCUGAGGAUAGGUAAGUGUGUAUGAGAAGUAUAGGGAUGUGUCUGACUUUUUCAUUAUGUGUUAUUGUAAUACAUUUUCCGUGGUGCUGAGUAACAUGGUACUUACUUGUUCUCAUAAGGAUCACAUAGGGAGUGAUGGAAGGGUACUGGAAAGUCUGAGGGACUGUCACAGCCUCACAGUCAGAUAAAAUCUUUUGACUUGACACCUGUUGGGAGCAGUGUCUGUUAUUUACAGAGAAAUGCACAUCAGGCUUCUGUCCAGAGGCACCCCUGCUGCCCUACCACUUCUUUCUUUGUCUGUGAAAUUGCCUGCUAUACAAGAAGGUAUUUCCACAGCCAGAAUGAACAGGAAUGUCGCAGGUCAUGGACAGUCAAGCUAAGAAGCAGAGUCUGUGUUUACAGGCAGACCUCAGACAAAUAUUCCUUGGUGAUGGCCAUGUGAUAUUUGAGAUACCAUCAAUGUUGUGAGCCUGAAGGAGGUAUGGUGGCAUGGUGGAUCCAGGUGAAUGAUGCAAGAGCUGCCAAAGCAUUUUUCUUUUUCUAUGUUUUUCACCCUCAAUUUCUUCCAGGGCUGCUCUCAGUUGAAGAAAACGUUUUUGCUCUUCUAGUGAAGGUCUGUGGUGUGGCUUUGUAUCCACUAUUGGUAGAAAUUGCCAGGUUCUGUGGAAACCGGGACAAAGAACUUCACAAAGAUCACUGCUAUCAGAUGCACAGUUCCAUACAACAUGCUCCCUCCUUUCUUCUGUGUUACGCUCUACUGUUCAUCCUGUAGAAUAUUCUUCAGCU